UAGCUCUGUAAUUGAUUUGCUGUUGCUUCGCGAUUUAAUUGGACUCCGCGACCAUAUUUCUUUUCAUUCUUCUAAAUAUGUAGUGAUUUACAGUAAGUUUUUCGUGUGAGGAAAGACAAAUGGCGCAUUGAGUGAAAAUUUCGAGUGUGGGAUUAACGUAUGGGCAAUGAUGUAAAGUGAUUUUCCGACCUUAAACUCGAUUUUCAAGAAUAUGGAGUAAGGUUUCAAGCUGCGAUUCGCGUUCAUUGAGCCAGCUGAGUUGUAAGAAAAUAUGAAAAAAAUAAAAUUUUAAGCUCUAAAUACUUUUGUGAGGAAGCAAAAGUCUGAUUUUUCCAGCUUAGGUUCCCGAAACCAAAAAAAGUUUAGUUCCAGACAAGAGGUUUCUCAUGAAGGGGAGACGAAAAGUGGCUUUUGAUAUUGCGGUGUAUGAAGCUGCAGGAAUAUAAAGAAAAGAAUUUGCGCUAGUGUGUGUAUGUGUCAGUGUGUGUGCUUCGCUCAAUAAGCGGCAGAGCACAAAAAAAUAAUUGAAGGAAGUGAAAAUUGUGCUCCAAAAUGUGUAUCGAAAUCGUCACUUAUAAAAUCAUAAUCCGUUGAAAAUGUCUGUUUUUAACAUCUUUAGCUUUUAAAGGAUAAGAAAGUAGCUGCAAUCGGAGCCUGGAAUGGUGAUAAAGUUUACUUCCGGUGUUUUUAUUGCUGUUUAGUUGUGCUUUUGAACGAAUAGAAUUGUGCAUUUCAAAAUAUUUGAAACGUAUCAGAAGAUGGGAGCUCAGCAGGUAAAAGAACGUUCUUCUGGGUGUGGUGCAGCAACGGGAGCAGGACAGCUUGGUUCCGCAUCCACUCUGGGAGCCGGAAGCUCAAUUCGAUCCAGUCGAAAUAAACCACGAGUACCCAAAGACUCGCGCAUUCUUGGGUCAAAUAUUUUUACAGAGCAUAAUGAGGCGCUGUUGCAGUCCCGCCCAUUACCACAUAUUCCACCGCCGGGUAGUUUACUAUCUGCCGAUAUACUCGCUCAAAAUCAGGAUAACUCGGAAAACCACACCGGAACUAUGCAUUCCCAAGGCAGCUCUAACACAGCUCAAUCAAGUUUUGAAAACGCGCACCGAUGGACAUCCAAAGAAAAUUUAUUAGCACCGGGUCCGGAAGAAGACGACCCUCAGUUGUUCGUUGCUCUGUACGAUUUUAAAGCUGGUGGCGAAAAUCAAUUGAGUCUACGAAAGGGUGAACAAGUACGGAUAUUAUCCUACAAUAAAUCUGGUGAAUGGUGUGAAGCACAUUCCGAUUCUGGUCAUGUUGGAUGGGUUCCUUCAAACUAUGUCACUCCGUUGAAUUCCUUGGAAAAGCAUUCAUGGUACCAUGGCCCUAUAUCUCGUAAUGCUGCUGAAUAUUUACUUAGCUCCGGUAUAAAUGGUAGUUUCCUAGUAAGGGAAAGUGAAAGCUCUCCCGGUCAACGAAGUAUAAGUUUGAGAUACGAUGGAAGGGUAUAUCACUAUAGGAUAUCUGAAGAUUCUGACGGUAAAGUAUAUGUGACAGCCGAGGCUAAAUUCAACACUUUGGCAGAGCUUGUACACCAUCAUAGUGUUCUACACGAAGGCCAUGGAUUGAUAACGCCACUGCUUUACCCAGCGCCAAAACAGAAUAAACCGACAGUGUUUCCCUUAAGCCCAGAGCCAGACGAAUGGGAAAUUUGUCGAACUGAUAUUGUGAUGAAACAUAAACUUGGCGGUGGUCAAUAUGGCGAAGUAUACGAAGCUGUAUGGAAACGAUACGGUAAUACGGUUGCAGUGAAGACGCUGAAGGAAGAUACGAUGGCAUUAAAGGAUUUUCUUGAAGAGGCGGCUAUAAUGAAGGAAAUGAAACAUCCGAAUUUGGUACAACUAAUAGGUGUAUGUACAAGAGAACCACCAUUCUAUAUCAUCACUGAAUUUAUGAGUCAUGGGAAUUUAUUGGAUUUUCUUCGUUCAACCGGCCGGGAAACACUAGAUGCCGUUGCAUUACUUUAUAUGGCAACACAGAUUGCGUCAGGUAUGAGUUAUCUGGAAAGUCGAAAUUUCAUUCACCGCGAUUUGGCGGCAAGAAACUGUCUCGUCGGCGAUAAUAAUCUUGUAAAAGUUGCUGAUUUCGGGCUGGCCCGAUUAAUGAGAGACGACACCUAUACUGCUCAUGCUGGAGCCAAAUUUCCUAUCAAGUGGACUGCCCCGGAGGGACUAGCCUAUAAUAAAUUUAGCACCAAGUCGGACGUGUGGGCAUUUGGUGUGUUACUUUGGGAAAUAGCAACAUAUGGUAUGUCACCGUAUCCAGGAAUAGAUCUUACGGAAGUUUUUCAUCGCCUCGAAUCCGGUUACCGAAUGGAGCGACCACCUGGAUGUCCACCUGAAGUGUACGAGUUAAUGCGAAAAUGCUGGCAAUGGAACGCUUUGGAGCGACCAACGUUUAAAAGCAUACAUCAUGACCUUGAGCAUAUGUUUCAGGAAUCAUCCAUCACAGAAGCGGUAGAGAAGCAAUUGCAAGGCGCGGCAUUACCUAUUCAGCUUACGCCACAAAUGGGUAAAAAGCCUCAAAUGGGAGCGCAACAGUCUGUGCAGCCGGAGCCUGCCAUCACACCGAUUUCUGGUAACACUACACUUUUAGAUCAACCAUUGACUUUCUACGUACUUCAUAUUUUUUUCUUCUUAGAUACAGGUUCAAGCUCAAAAUUAAGCACAUUUGCGAACAAGACUUCUACCACAGGGGUGCAAAUGCGCAGGACUACUAAUAAGCGAGGCAAAACAGCACCAGCGCCACCGAAACGAACAAGCUUGCUUUCAUCUAGUCGUGAUUCGACGUACCGGGACGAAGACAGUGGCAAACCUUGCGAGGGCGAACAAAAUACAAACGGUUUUACACGAGACUUAGCCAAUUUAUUGCACAGAGCCACUGAUUCAGAGAACGAGCAGACAGAAAUUACUCCCGACACGGACACCGACAGCCAAGAACCGAUUGGCAAUUUCCAAAAGUCCUCCUCACAGCAAAGUUCCUUUAAGCGCGUGCCCAUAAUGGGCAAUCGUGGGUUGGAAACGCGCAGUAGUAAGCGACUGCCACAAGGAGCUCCUCGAAGGGACCAAGUUCUUCUUGGUACUGGUCCUCCGCCAACAGGAAUAACAGUUAACGCAGCUGGGCAACCAGUUGUUGGAGCACUGGAAGUGCAAAACGUGAAAAAAGCAAUUAAUCGAUAUGGUACUCUACCAAAAGGAGCCAGAAUUGGAGCGUAUCUGGAGUCUCUUCGUCAGUCUGAAGGCACAGGUGGUCAACCUGUGGCAACUCCAAUGCAAACGAAUUCCGUUCCUCCAGAUCCUCCCCCACCAGUAGCUGCUGCUAACGUUAUUUCCAACAGUUUACUAGUCGCACAGCGAAAUGCCAUUAAAGCCCAACAACAGCAUUCUCAACAACAACAACCGCAGAUGAUACGCAGUAAUUCCUCUAGCGGAGUUACAAUGGCUAACUCUGCAACCGCUAGUCUUUCCAAAUUGCAAAGACAUCGGACCACAACUGAUGGAUCUAUGAUGACAUUUUCUUCUUUCCGUGGGACCGUCGGGAACAAUAGUCCUAAACGGUCUAUGCCACCAACGUUAGCAGAUUUAGAAUUCCCUCCACCGCCGGUAGAUUUACCACCUCCGCCAGAAGAGUUCGAGGUCCAACAACAACUAGGACCACCGCUAGAAAAACUCUUAAAACCAAACGACGUUUCAAACACUGAACCAAGUGUUGAAGAAGCUAGUUCUCGAUUUGGCGUAAGUCUUCGUAAAAGAGAGCCGUCAACCGACUCGUGUAGUUCUCUAGGUAGCCCGGCUGAUGCUAUGGUUCACUCAAAUUCUAACGAACCAUCGACUAUUCCUAUUCCACCGCCGCCUAGUUUGAAAGAAAAACUAGAAGCAAAGCUAGCUACAGUAAUCAAGGAAAAGGGAAAUGCACCAAAAUUGAAUACUUUGGAUAGUAAUUAUCACCCAGCAAAAUCUGCUGCUGAUCCAGUGUCACAGUUAGUCAGUGAGUUAGCCGAAAAUAUCAGUCAACCGAAACCACCCCCACCACUUCCACCGCCGUCAAUGGAUAUGGCAUCUCAUUACAAAUCUAGUGAUGUUGUUGCGCUAAGAAAACCGACUGCGACCAGCAACCAGCAACCACCAUUCAAGGCUCAGUUAAAGAAGGUGGACCCAAAAAGAAUCCCAACUCAGAUUCCUAAAAAGGAGGAAACUCCCAGCAUAAUCGAUUUUAAAUCACGUCUGCGUAAGGUGGAUAAUGUGGGUGAGUCUGUAACGGUUACUGCUAGUAAUGGUACAGCCGGAACAGAUCUUCAUGUAACGCAAGGUAGUGGUGAUUCUGGUAGUACAGACAAUAACAAUAAAUUGCACUCCAACAAUGCCAACAACAAUAACAAUAGCAACAUUUUGAAUAACAAUCAAUCAACUUCGAUCAGUGAUCACUCUUCGAGUGACAGUGAUAUCAAGAGUAAAAAAAACGAGAUCCACUAUCUUCGGAAUGGAACAAACCGAAAUGGCACAUCUGUGACUGAGUCACCCGCCUUGGUAAAUAGACUGCUUAUGGAAAAUAACGAGAUAAACUCACUGAAACUAAAGAAGACAACAACCGACUCGCCACUUGUUACUAGCGUGGCAGCACCAAUCGAUAGCAAUAAAAUAAUUGAGCUAAAAAAGACUGAAAUUAAAAUUGAAUUAAGCCAAGAAGAUAAAAAAUGUGUGAAUAUGGAUGGCGGUGGGGUUGUUGGCAAAGGUGAACAUUUGUCGGCCGGCAGCGGUAUUGGAACCGCAGAUGAUGGUGAUAAACGAAAAAGCACUGGUAGCAUAAGUAGUUUGAAAAAAUUGUGGGAAGCUAAAGAAUCACCUAUUGAGCAAAGCUCUCAACUUAGUCCUAAAUUAGGUGUCAAAAGUGUGACGAAUCUCAAGUUGAAUAAUAAUCCGGAUGACGUGGAAACCUCUGGUAUCUGCACUUCCAGUACAAUAACAACAACGAAUAGUAGUAAUUCCGGCCAAAACGAUGAUGCACAGCAACAACCGUCAGCGCCGCAGAUAGCUCCGACAAAAAAACCAGCUGUUCCAGUUAAACCAUCGAAAUUUAGUUCCAUUUACGCAACACCAGUCCAAACACAAACUCCGCUGUCCAAUUUGCCAAAUUCAAUAAACACCAACAACACGACAUCGAAAUCAAACGAUAGUAGCAGCUCUCUGCUGUCGGAAAAAUCUACUGCUUCCUCGUCUUCCGGACCGGCAUCAUCAUCAUCUGCCGUCAGUCGUGAAGGGAUCUUAGAGCUAGUGACUCUCUUGGAGGGCAGCCUUAAGCUUCCAGUUAACUCUAUUUCCGCUUCUCAAUGGUUACAGUUGAGUGAACGGCUUAGCAGUUUACAAUCCAGCUGUGUGACAUUUGCAGAAAAUGAAAUGCUGCCCCCUCACACUAAGUUUCAUUUCCGAGAAUUAGUCACUCGGGUCGAAAAUCAAUCGCGAUCACUUAGAUCUGCGGGGAGUAAAAAUGUGCAAGACAACGAGAAAUUGGUGCAUGAAGUUGGUCAAUCACUGAAGCAGAUAUCGAAUGCACUGCACAGGUAAUUUCAAGUAAUGUUGGUUGAUUUCGGGGAAAUAUUUUAAAAUCAAAAACUUAUUUUGUUUAUCUGUAACUCUUAUCCUGAGUUGAAAUACAUAGUAUUGCACUUAGGCUAAAGACAGAUCGGAUUGUUAUACUAAGAAAUAUGUAGCGCAAUUGGCGAUUGCCUACUAUUUUCAAAAGGAGCGAAUUUUUUAAAAUCAUUGUUUCCACUCAAUGAGCUACUUUAUGAAAUCAUACAAUUUAUGAUCCUACUAUUCAUUUCUCACUUUAAAAAUGUGUUUAAUGUUCAAUUUUGAAUAGCAAAGAUGCUAAAAAUUUAUUUCGACAUACCUGCGGUUUUUGUACUCACAACAAAUUCUGAGACAGGUCGAUUCUACUAUUGCAACGAAUCUAUAAAAGAUCUGUAAUCAUGCCUCAAUAUUACUUGGGAGGGAUUGCUGAUUUAGAUAAACGUAAAAUUUUCCACGUUGAAACAUUGAAUACGUAGGUCGUUAACUCUUUGUCGGUGAUUUUUCCAGGAUAAUGGACAUGUAUACAUUCAAAUGAUGGUUUAAAAAUGAUGGGAAAACACUAGAGUUCAAAAAACGUUAGUUUUGCAAAAUAGAAAACAAACGGCUGUAUGGUUAGUAAAACGCCGACCAGCACGGUUAUUUCCCACGGUAGUGACAUUAGAUUCGUUUUCUGAUCAGGCCGAGCUGGAAAUUUUUUCUGAUUACCAGACCAGGGGCAAACUCAUCGAGAUUGACGUUAACCCAUUAUGUCUUAGCGUAUGAUUUAACACGUGGUUUCAUUCUGCGACUGGUCUUAAUGGGUUUAAAACGUUGUUAAUUAAGGGGACAUGAACGACCAAAAAUUUUGAAAAAAUCAUUAUUUUUUUAUUUCAGAUUUUGAUUCUGCAAUCUUUUCCACUUAUUUUGAUAUUAAAUUUGUAAUGAUCCGACCACGGGAUGUGGCCGAAAAACGAUCAUACACAUGUGCAUUCCAGUGCGACGUGGAACAACUUCGGCGGAAUAAAACGCCGCUCCUGAAAAACCAUGAUUUUUAAACUUUAUGUACCUUUUUCUCAGAAACUACACAACGUAUUGGAACAAACUUUUUAUUUGGUUUUGUUGGUAGUAGCUUGGCAAAGACUUUUAUAACUUUUCAGUUUCGUAAACAAAACACAGCUUGAGUAAAACGAAAAAGAAGAAAAAUAGAUGCCUGAAAACAUAAAAUUUUGUCUUCUUUUUCUUUUUUCUCUAGGAAAAGAUUGCAGAAUCAAAAUCUGAAAUAAAAAAAUAAUGAUUUUUUCAAAAGUUUUAGUCGUUCAUGUCCCCUUAAUGUGACAUUGUAUUGUGAAAAUAUAAUUAAACCAGCAGAGUAGAUUGAAUGUAUGAAAUGAAUGAAAUUUUGUAUUAAAACCGCUCAAUUCCAGAAUAGCGCAAGUGAUCAACAGAGUUAGAUCGUUUAUAGAGUUUUUAGUGUAGGUCGUUCCAUGACCUAAAUAACUUACGAAUCAAGACUGACAAUACUUUCAUUCAAUAACAAGCGUAAGGCAAACAUCAUAGUGUAUACCGAACCUAUGUUUACGUUUUUUAUGAAAUUGAAAUGACAAACCAUUCUUUCAACCAUAUGUUUAUUUCAUGACUAACGUCUCCCACAAAACCAAAAGAUCUUUCAGUUUUUCAAGUGAAAAAAAUUUAAAAAAGUAGGUGAAAAUCAACAACCUAUUUUUUGUAAAUUCAUUUGGAAAAUGCUACUUUCAAUUUUUAGAAUCCAGAUUGUUGAAAACUGUGUGGGACUGGAUGAGACCUAGUCCACGGCAGCACCUGACACCGCAUGUUGGAUUGCUUCAAAUGAUUAGAUUAGAUACGGAAAUCUAACAAUCGAACGAAUGAUUAAUGUAACAAUAGCUGUAACAAUUAAAACGCAGGUUUGUUCUUAGUUGAGGGUUUGAAUGUAAUUUUUAAGUCAUUCGUUUUUGCUUAUAAAAAGUUAAGUAGAAAACGAGGCAGUCCUGAUUCGAAGAGAGUACAGUGUGAUUAUCGAUUUUAGUAGCAUUAAUUCUGAGCUACCUUUUGAAAUCCACACCUUUUGAAAUCAAAUAUUACUUGAAAAUACCGCAAGAAACUAGCAUUACCUAAAUAUUGAUUUUGCUUUGUUUACUUCCCUUUCGUGCACCAGGGAUAGGAAAAGCUGUCAACUAUCUACUUAUGCUUUUGAGUUUCAAUAGUGAUUUACCAACCAGUGACAGAUAUGCAUAUAAAUAUUCAUAUAUAAACCGAUAUUUACAACUUCUACUAAUGUUACUAUAAUCAGUAUCAGUAAAAAUGCAGGUAUUAAUUAGCUGUUUUGGGCUUCAAGCAUAAAAUGAUCUUCUCGUUUUUUAUCGCAUAAAAAGAAUAUCGAAAAUGUUUGUAUUCUGCUUACAUAGCAGAACAGAAAAGUAUCUAGAAUGAGUCACACAUUUAGUAUCUGGUAGCUAUAACAAUCCAAAUAUUCAAUGAAAGCUGUCUAACCAAUUUUUACAACAUAUAUGGAAACUUUUGAGUCUAUGAAGAUGACGUUGGAUUAAAAUGAACCUUAAUGUAUAACUUAUUUUCAUUGAUUGUUGGUUCCCUUUAAUACAACACCGACCGGUCGUUAAUCAAGAAUGUGAAUAUGAGUUGCCAUACAUCCAAAAACACAUAUUUUUGUCUAUCAGCCUGCCAUGGGAAAAGUUGAACGAAAAUGCACAUUCUUUUUUACCUCCUUAAGAUCCAUCAAAAAUGUUUUUAAUAAUUAAAAAGGACGGACGAAAAGCAACUGAAGAAGGAAAUCGAUUAUUAUUAAUAAGGGACCGUCUUUAAAGAAAAAACAAAGAAACCAUGAACCAACUUUCAACGCUCAAUGAAAUUGCCAAAUACGAAAGUGUACUAAUUUUAAAUGAUUUUAAUAAAUGGUUUAAAUAGAUUUUAAAUUGAUUGAUCAGAAGCAAGCGUUUGGCAGCAAACGAAGAGAAAUCAAAACUUAUUUACCGAGUUUUAAUUCCAAAAAUUUUAACGUGAAUAAUUUUCAUUUAAACCAUGCGCUGCUCAGUUGUUUUAAAUAUCCGUAAAAUAUAAUAACAAACGCUAGUAGCAUAGGUGUACGUGAAAAUAUUAUUUUGAGAAAGCUUUUUAUUAUUGGACAUUUUCCUAAAAUACCUGCAUUGUAUAGACGUCAAACGAAAUGAACCUAUAAAUUAAGCCAAAGAGCUUAAGACUUUAUCAAUUAUUUUUAAUAAUUUUUUAAAAACAAAAUUUUACGGCUUUACUUUUUUGUUCCAUUGUUGAGCACAGUGUAAGUCUAUGAUUACAACAUGUCAUUUAAUUCAAUUGAGGGAAGGUUUUAAUUUGCAAUUAUUGCAGUGUGAAGCUAUCUUGUAAGCUUAAGUUAUUUAAAAUCUAUCUUUAAGGUUGACACAGUAGAAUGCUAGUCGUAAACAUUUAUAUUCUACCCAUAAUAGUAACGCUAAAUCAUACCUAAAAUCUAAAUAAAAGGGCAUAUUACUCAAACGAAAACAUUUUUCAUCUAAAAAUGCUGAACUUAGAUCACGUAAAAACGUCUGAAAAGUAACAUCAAUGUCCUUACGGGCUUCAUAAUUUUAUUAGCGUCUUUAGAUAUGUAACAGGUUAAUCAAAUGAUAAAAAAUCAAACGGAAAUAAAAUUCGCAAAAUUUACUAUAUAUUUUUAGACAAACCACAAAUAAAACCCGUUCAUUAUCAAUCAUCUCUUGUCGUAGCAUAUUAACACUCAUGCAGAACUUACGUAAAGAUAUUACAAAACUAAAAGAGGGUGUAAUCAAAAACCAAUAUUUAUCAUGUAUCAAUUGGUUUAUGUAUCAAUGGAAUUUACCCUAAAAAUCGAUUAUAAACAGAUACGAAUCAAUACUGCAAAGUUUGUAGGCAUGAUAAAUAAUCAGUUGGAAGUAAUAAAAAUAUUAAGAUAACCAAGUGAAAAUACGUGAUAAAAAUAACAGAAAUUAUACACACAUACUUAUUGUAAGGCAACACAUAAACACCCAAAACACACGAUAUACAUACAUGAGGGAAUGAAUAGUGAACACUAUGGAAAAGUAAAACACAAGAUAACAAUUCGUAAAUUCACAGUGAGAAUCGUAAAUCGGAAAAUAAACAAUGCCCGGGGCAACAAU